AUGAGGAACCCAACCCCCACGUCGGAGCUUGUGGAGGCUGUUGAGCUGGCGGAUGCGGCCCAACACCGGGAUGCUGGGGAGCGAGCGCCGCCGUUUCUCCGGAGGGUGGUCCAGGAGCGGCUCGCGCCGGAGGGCACCCCGCGACCAAUCAUCGAGGUGCCCUUCGAGCGCAUCGGGAUGGACCUUGUGGGGCCGUUGCCUAAGUCUGCCCGGGGACAUGAACACAUCCUGGUGAUCGUCAACUAUGCCACCCGGUACCCUGAGGCAGUGCCCCUCCGAAAAGUCACCGCCAAAGCCAUUGCCCAGGAACUUUUCCUGCUCUCCAGCCGAGUCGGCAUCCCAGCGGAGAUCCUGACCAAUCAGGGGACCCCCUUCAUGUCCCGGCUAAUGGCUGACUUCUGCCGGCUGCUGCGGGUGAAGCAGUUGAGGACCACCGUCUACCAUCCUCAGACCGACGGACUGAUUGAACGCUUCAACCAAACCCUCAAGCAGAUGCUGAGACGGGUGGUCACAGAGGACAAGCGCGACUGGGACCUGAUGCUCCCCUACGUCCUCUUUGGGAUCCGUGAAGUUCCGCAAGCCUUAAUUGGCUUCACCCCCUUCAAGCUCCUCUUUGCUGCCCAGAAGACGGAGCUGCAGCACCUGGUCAGUCAGUUCUCUGAUGUGUUCUUCUCUCUUCCCGGGCGGACCAACGUCCUGCAGCACAACAUCUGGACGCCGCCAGGGGUCGUCGUCAGCCCAUGGGCCAGCUCCACCGUGAUGGUCCCGAAACCGGACGGCACCCUCCGUUUCUGCAACGACUUCCGUCGCCUCAAUGAGGUAUCCGAGUUUGACGGAUACCCCAUGCCUCGGUACCUGGGUUUCCAGGUGGGACGGGGUCUCAUUCGGCCGCAGGAGAAGAAGGUGGAGGUGGUACGCUCCGCUCCGAGACCCGAGACUAAGACCCAUGUACGAGCCUUUUUAGGGUUGGCGGGGUAUUAUCGCUGCUUCAUCCCCAACUUCUCCUCUUUAGCCACCUCCCUGACAGACUUGACCAGGAAGGGGCAGCCGGAGAAGGUACAGUGGACACCAGCAGCGGAGGAGGCCUUCCAGAGGGUGAAGGGGGCCCUCAUCUCGGAGCCCAUCCUCCGAGCCCCGGACUUUAGCUGCCCCUUCCUGUUGGAGAUGGAUGCCUCCAACACAGGACUGGGAGCCGUCCUGUCACAGAUCCGGGAGGGUGAGGAGCAUCCGGUCAUCUACAUCAGCAGGAAGCUGAUCCCGGCCGAGAGGAACUACGCCGCGGUGGAGAAGGAGGCCCUAGCCGUCAAGUGGGCACUCCUGGAGCUGCGGUACUACCUCCUGGGCCGGAAGUUCCCCCUGGUCACGAACCACGCACCCCUUCAGGUUCUCUCAGAUGAGGAACGUACAGCAUCACUGGUUUUCAUCUCCCCUCAAUCCCUCAACAACUACUAG